GAAGACAGGAAUUUAUUGAAAACAAAAGUACACUCCAUAGUGGGGAAGCGAACCCACGCAGCAGCCCAAGGGCCCAGGCAGAAUCUUCUGGGGUCCAAAUACCCCCUAGAAGUUUCCCAUUGGCCACUUUAUGCUCACUUGAUGUAACUGAAGUGGUAGCCCACAAUCAGAGGUCAAGGUGAAGUUACAAAAUUAUACUUCUAUGCAAACGAAGACUCUCCCGCCAUCAGUCUGAUUGGUUGUGGACAGCAACCGUGCAGAGGCUGGAGUGAAGUUACAAAGUUGCAAACAAAGACUGGAAGGCGUUCAGUGUGAUUUGUUGCGGACAGCCAAUUUCCCAUCUGCCACGCAGAAAAGGUCCAAGGGGCCUCUGGUUCUUUUGUUACUUAGGCGUGGAAAGUUGAGGUUUUCCUUUCAAUUUAGUUCUAAGAAGUCACGUGAAACAGCCAUAGGUUCCCUGCCUCCAGACCCUAUUCUCCUGCCUCAUUUACUGCAGUCCUCUCUGCCCACUUCUUUUAGCGACUAGCAUGAGAUGAGGAUUCGUCUUCUAAUAUCCCUCACCAGUCCUUCCCCUGUCAUUUAGCGAACUGCUCACUGGGCACUAGGACUUUGGGGAGAGUCCUAAGAGGCCCCUCUUCGUCCAGGGGCUUUUUUCUCUUCCAGCCUCCAUCUCCUAACUCAAGGGGUACAGCUCAGUCAGAUUAUGUUUGGCGCCCCGGGACAGUACAAACCCAGGGCCCGUGGAUAGAGGAGGCAUCUCACUACGCUGCACGAGGCCACCUCGCAGUAGGCAGCUCAGCCCUGCCACAAAACCCAAGAACCUAACCAGGAAGACGGGGAGGCCGCGGGCUUCAACUCCCAAGAGAUGGACUACACCUCCCAGCAGCCUCUGCGCGCAGGCUGAGGAUCCCUCCGCUCUUUUUCUGUCCCGCCAGCUGGGCUCCCCGCGACCAGCCAAGGGCCAAGGCCAGGUCUUUCAGAAUCUGAGGUCCGUCUUCUUAUCACAUUUCCGGGGAGGGACGGCUAGGAGCUCCGGAGGAAAAACGGACUUUUUUUGAGGAGAAAAGCGGAGGCAGACGGUGGAUGACGAGACGCCCCGCACCUGCAGAUUUUCGCGCGCUUUGGCGCAGGUGGUUGUGGGUAGCGCGCCUGGGAGGGAGAAAGAAGUCGGGGGCCGUGGCGCGCAGCCCGCGGGGCCUGAAGUGAUGUUCGAAGACGAGCCCCACGCUGAGGGGGCGGCGGUGGUCGCCGCAGCCGGGGAGGCGCUACAGGCCCUGUGCCAGGAGCUGAACCUGGACGAGGGGAGCGCGGCCGAAGCCCUGGACGACUUUACUGCCAUCCGUGGCAACUACAGUCUAGAGGGAGAAGUUACACACUGGUUGGCAUGUUCAUUAUAUGUUGCAUGCCGCAAAAGCAUUAUUCCCACGGUUGGAAAGGGUAUCAUGGAAGGCAACUGUGUUUCACUUACCAGAAUACUACGUUCAGCUAAAUUAAGUUUAAUACAGUUUUUUAGUAAAAUGAAGAAAUGGAUGGACAUGUCAAAUCUACCACAAGAAUUUCGUGAACGUAUAGAAAGGCUAGAGAGAAAUUUUGAGGUGUCUACUGUAAUAUUCAAAAAAUAUGAGCCAAUUUUUUUAGAUAUAUUUCAAAAUCCAUACGAAGAACCACCAAAGUUACCACGAAGCCGGAAGCAGAGGAGGAUUCCUUGCAGUGUUAAGGAUCUGUUUAAUUUCUGUUGGACACUUUUUGUUUAUACUAAGGGUAAUUUUCGGAUGAUUGGGGAUGACUUAGUAAACUCUUAUCAUUUACUUCUAUGCUGCUUGGACCUGAUUUUUGCCAAUGCGAUUAUGUGCCCAAAUAGACAAGACUUGCUAAAUCCAUCAUUUAAAGGUUUACCAUCUGAUUUUCAUACUGCUGACUUUAGGGCUUCUGAAGAGCCGCCCUGCAUCAUUACUGUACUGUGUGAAUUGCAUGAUGGACUUCUAGUAGAAGCAAAAGGAAUAAAGGAGCACUACUUUAAGCCAUAUAUUUCAAAACUCUUUGACAGGAAGAUAUUAAAAGGAGAAUGCCUCCUGGACCUUUCAAGUUUUACUGAUAAUAGCAAAGCAGUGAAUAAGGAGUAUGAAGAGUAUGUUCUAACUGUUGGUGAUUUUGAUGAGAGGAUCUUUUUGGGAGCAGACGCAGAAGAGGAAAUUGGAACACCUCGAAAGUUCACUCGUGACACCCCAUUAGGGAAACUGACAGCACAGGCUAAUGUGGAGUAUAACCUUCAACAACACUUUGAAAAAAAAAGGUCAUUUGCACCUUCUACCCCACUGACUGGACGGAGAUAUUUACGAGAAAAAGAAGCAGUCAUUACUCCUGUUGCAUCAGCCACCCAAAGUGUGAGCCGGUUACAGAGUAUUGUGGCUGGUCUGAAAAAUGCACCAAGUGACCAACUUAUAAAUAUUUUUGAAUCUUGUGUGCGUAAUCCUAUGGACAACAUUAUGAAAAUACUAAAAGGAAUAGGAGAGACUUUCUGUCAGCACUAUACUCAAUCAACAGAUGAACAGCCAGGAUCUCACAUAGACUUUGCUGUAAACAGACUAAAGCUGGCAGAAAUUUUGUAUUAUAAAAUACUAGAGACUGUAAUGGUUCAGGAAACACGAAGACUUCAUGGAAUGGACAUGUCAGUUCUUUUAGAGCAAGAUAUAUUUCAUCGUUCCUUGAUGGCUUGUUGUUUGGAAAUCGUGCUCUUUGCCUAUAGCUCACCUCGUACUUUUCCUUGGGUUAUUGAAGUUCUCAACUUGCAACCAUUUUACUUUUAUAAGGUUAUUGAGGUGGUGAUCCGCUCAGAAGAGGGGCUCUCAAGGGACAUGGUGAAACACCUAAACAGCAUUGAAGAACAGAUUUUGGAGACUUUAGCAUGGAGUCACGAUUCUGCACUGUGGGAGGCUCUCCAGGUUUCUGCAAACAAAGUUCCUACCUGUGAAGAAGUUAUAUUCCCAAAUAAUUUUGAAACAGGAAAUGUACAGGGACAUCUUCCCAUGAUGCCAAUGUCUCCUCUAAUGCACCCAAGAGUCAAGGAAGUUCGAACUGACAGUGGGAGUCUUCGAAGAGAUAUGCAACCAUUGUCUCCAAUUUCUGUCCAUGAACGCUACAGUUCUCCUACCGCAGGGAGUGCUAAGAGAAGACUCUUUGGAGAGGACCCCCCAAAGGAAAUGCUUAUGGACAAGAUCAUAACAGAAGGAACAAAAUUGAAAAUCGCUCCUUCUUCAAGCAUUACUGUUGAAAAUAUAUCAAUUUUACCUGGUCAAACUCUCCUAACAAUGGCCACAGCCCCAGUAACAGGAACAACAGGACAUAAAGUUACAAUUCCAUUACAUGGUGUUGCAAAUGAUGCUGGAGAGAUCACGCUGAUACCUAUUUCCAUGAAUACAAAUCAAGAGUCCAAAGUCAAGAGUCCUGUGUCACUUACUGCUCAUUCAUUAAUUGGUGCUUCUCCAAAACAGACCAAUCUGACUAAAGCACAAGAGGUACAUUCAACUGGAAUAAACAGGCCAAAGAGAACUGGGUCCUUAGCACUAUUUUACAGAAAGAAAUGGAGUCUCGCUGUGUUUCCCAGGCUCGUCUCGAACUCCUGGGCUCAAGCAAUCCUCCCACCUCAGCCUCCCAAAGUGCUGGGAUUACAACAGGUCUAUCAUUUGGCAAGUGUACGCUUACGUGAUCUAUGUCUAAAACUGGAUGUUUCAAAUGAGUUACGAAGGAAGAUAUGGACGUGUUUUGAAUUCACUUUAGUUCACUGCCCUGAUCUAAUGAAAGACAGGCAUUUGGAUCAGCUCCUCCUUUGUGCCUUUUAUAUCAUGGCAAAGGUAACAAAAGAAGAAAGAACUUUUCAAGAAAUUAUGAAAAGUUACAGGAAUCAGCCCCAAGCUAAUAGUCACGUAUAUAGAAGUGUUCUGCUGAAAAGUAUUCCAAGAGAAGUUGUGGCAUAUAAUAAAAAUAUAAAUGAUGACUUUGAAAUGAUAGAUUGUGACUUGGAAGAUGCUACAAAAACACCUGACUGUUCCAGUGGACCAGUGAAAGAGGAAAGAGGUGAUCUUAUAAAAUUUUACAAUACAAUAUAUGUAGGAAGAGUGAAGUCAUUUGCACUGAAAUACGACUUGUCGAAUCAGGAUCAUAUGAUGGAUGUUCCACCACUCUCUCCUUUUCCACAUAUCAAACAACAGCCAGGCUCACCACGCCGCAUUUCCCAGCAGCACUCCAUUUAUAUUUCCCCGCACAAGAAUGGGUCAGGCCUCACACCAAGAAGCGCUCUGCUGUACAAGUUCAAUGGCAGCCCUUCUAAGAGUUUGAAAGAUAUCAACAACAUGAUAAGGCAAGGUGAGCAGAAAACCAAGAAGCGAGUAAUAGCCAUCGAUAGUGAUGCAGAAUCCCCUGCCAAACGUGUCUGUCAAGAAAAUGAUGAUGUUUUACUGAAACGACUACAGGAUGUUGUCAGUGAAAGAGCAAAUCAUUAAUGUUGUUCUUGUUUCUAUGAUAAAAGCACUUUCAGAUUGUUCUGCAGAAAGUUGGAGCUCUGUCUUUCAAACCUUUUAGCCCUAUAGAUGAUAAAUAUCACUGGGUUAUAAGAAAAAAUUGCACAAAAAUUAUGUGCAUUUUAAAAUAUUUAUCCAAAAUGUAGUUGACAGAGAUGUAUUUUGAGUUGGAUUGGAAAGGAAUAUUUUAAGUGCCUUUUAAAAAUACUAAUAGUCCGGCCAGGCGCAGUGGCUCACGCCUGUAAUCCCAGGACUUUGGGAGGCCAAGGCAGGCAGAUCACCGGAGGUCGGGAGUUCGAGACCAGCCUGACCAACAUGGAGAAACCCCAUCUGUACUAAAAAUACAAAAUUAGCCAGGUGUGGUGGUGCAUGCCUGUAAUCCCAGCUACUUGGGAGGCUGAGGCAGAAUUGCUUGAACCCAGGAAGCGGAGGUUGUGGUGAGCUGAGGUUGUGCUACUGCACUCCAGCCUGGACAACAAGAGUAAAACUCCAUCUCAAAAAUAUAAAUCUAUAUUAAUAGGGAAUUUUUUUUAAUGUUUGCUCUUUGAGUUAGUUUUCAAGAUGAAAUAAGGAGAAACCCCAUAACUUUUUAGCUCUCUUUUAAAAAUAAAUGUCUCCUUCUGUGUUUUGUAAUAUGAGGAUAAAUAAUCUCCUUUUGGUAAGCAUGCUUUGAGAUAUUUGUAUUCUCAAUUUAAUAUUGAAGGAAGGGGUUGGUUCCCAUAGUACCUGGCCAGAGGGUUAUGUACCAGCCUGUCUCUGGCCUACUGUGGUAAUUCCACAUCCAGGUGCCACCGCCAUUCAGAGUUGUCUCACCCCUUCUCAUGCCUUUUCUCUCCUUGAGCUUUAUAAACAGAUUUGUACCUGAGCUCCAGUGCUACACUCAUCCUUGCUUUCCAGCCCUAAGCCAUCUCAGCCUGAUGUCACAACCCAAUAAAUGGGCCACUUUCUUCUUUUGUAAACUAUUAUCAUUUUGGUUUUUGUGACAUUAACUUAAUUAUAUAUGAUCAUAUUAACUCAUGUAGUUCUCAAAAUAGGCAGCUCCUUCUCAAGCCAGUAAAGUAAAAUUCAGUUAGUUAUUAAAAACUAAAUUCCUAUUAGUAAGAUAACACCAUGAUUAUGUGUGAUAUACUGUUUUUGAAAUCAUAGUAUCAGUCAUUCUCAAUAUCUGAGUCCCUAAGAAUAUUUUAAACCUUUUAAAAACCACAUAAAUAUCAUCUCAUGCCUCAUAAUUCUAAUAUAUAUAAUACAUCAGUAAAAUAGCUGCUUAUUACUUCCCCCACUUUGUUCUCAGUAUUGUUAGUGCAUCAUGAGUUUCCUGCUAGUGUCUGACCACUGGGUACUCCUAAAGAUGUUUUUCAGUACUAGGGAUGCUUUUCAGUACUAGGGAUGCUUUUUUCAGUACUAGGGAUGUACUAGGGAGUACUGAGUACUCCUGAAGAUGUUUUUCAGUACUAGGGAUGCUUUUCAGUAUUAGGGAGGCUUUUUUUCAGUGCUAGGGAUGCUUUUCAGUACUAGGGAUGCUUUCCAAAAUAUCACCUCUUUAACAUUUACUUUUUCUAGUGUGUGUCUGGAAUCCAAAAGACAUGAAUAAGCCACUCAUAAUUAAUUUUGAGAAGUUUUAUCAAAUGUUUAUGUUUCUAACUGCAAACCUUAAUUUUGGAAAGGCACAAUGUUUAACUCACCUAUGUUUAACCAUGGCUAAUUUUAAAAAGUCUAAGAUUUGGCUGUCACUAAUUAGUAUUCUCAAGAAUUUCGUUUUUCAAUUUUAAGAAGAAAAGGGAUUUUGGUCACAUUUUGCUUGUAAAUGAAAAUUACAUCCUCAUUCUUUGUGUAGUAUCUACACAUUGUUAUAAGCCAAAAAACAAAAGUCUGUCUGGAAUCCUUGUACAUAUUUGUAUGUUGCUAUAAUUGUUAUUUUUAUCUUCAUUAUUGUGUAAAAUAUAAAUAAGCAUUUGUACAUUGACUGUAUAAGAAACCAUGGGCCAGGUCCUGUGGCUCAUGCCAAUAAUCCCAACACUUUGGGAGGCCGAGGCAGGAGAAUUGCUUCAGUCCAGGAGUUCAAGACUAACCUGGGCAACAUAGCCCUCAUCUCUACAAAAAAUAAAAAAAUUAGUUGGGUGUGAUGGCAUGUGCCUGUAGUCCCAGCUACUCAGGAGACCGACAUGAGAGGAUCACUUGAGGCUGGGAGAUUCUGAGGCUGCAGUGAGCUGUGAUUGCACCACUACACUCCAUCCUAGGUGAGAGGGCAAGACCCUUUCUCAGAAAAGGAAAAAAAGAAAUUCUGGACAUGUUUUUAUCAGUUUUCAGGACUUGGUAUCAAUGUACAUAAAAUGGCUAAUAAAAAUUGGAAUUGAGAUUAUUGAAAAAAA